AAUCAAAGCCUGCUCAUCUAAGAAGCCUGUUAUGACAAGCACGUACUGUGUCUUAGUAAUUGAAUUGUCAUCCGCAUCCUGUUGUUCUUUCUGUCCGAAGGUACAGAACAUGUCCCCAGUUGAAUGAGGAUUGUUCAGUAGGGGGUCUAUAAAUUGAGCGUUGUGCUUUUGUGUGCACGAAUACAUCCAGCAUCCUCAUUUAACACCACCAAAUCUGUCUGGGAGAAAAUCUCUCUUCAGGCAACGGUGGUCUCUAUGGUUACAGGAAGGGUUGAAGUGAAAGAGGAGGUGGAAAGGACGGGUUGUUCUGAGGCUGUGAGAGAGGAGGUGGGAGAUGCUUACAGGCGCUUAUCGCUGCCUCCUCUUCACACUCAAAUGGCAUCUCGUAUUUUCUGUGAACCCGUCUGUCAACUAUUGCCGUGUCAUCGGCCUUCUGCUGUCCCGUCUCUCAGCUCAGUUGGUGGGGGUCACUGUGGGAGGCAAUAUUUAUGUAUCUGCUUGCUCUCAAGCAUUAGCUCCACCCCAUGCUCUCACACACACACACACCACUACAUAUACACAUGAUUAGAGGACCCAUUGCUGAGACAGAGUAUUCCUGGCAGACACAUCACUGUCUGGCAGAUUCCUGCGUCACCAUGGAAACCCUGCAUCCGCUCAGAAAAAGUUGUUCCUAGACUGUUUGCGUACAGUCUCAGCAAUCAGAGCCGCAUGUGGCGGCUCAGCUGUCCUCGGUCAUCAUUGGCAAUUAGGCUCCACACAUAAAACAAACACACUGUGCCGAUCGCAGGAAUGGGAUUACAUUCUCAGAAACCAGACACGUAAUGAGAACUUCUGACAGAAACAAGUACGUUUAUUGUAUAACCAUGUGUACAUGUCUCGGUGUCAAUCACAGGCUGAACUUGCAUGAAUAACACUCCACUGCUGAGCAGUUGCUCUUCUGGGACAGCUGCACUGGCCUGAGGUCCCUCCCUGCUGCCAAAGCACACACUCAGCUGGACACAAAGGAAUGUGUUUGUAUUUGUGUGUCAGACCAAAUGAGAAACCAACUUUUCUCUCACCGCCUCCCCAGUCCAGUGGGGAGUGAUGACUCAAGCUUAAAUUAGUCUUUAUUUCUUUCUCUUUCUCUCUCUCGCCUUGACCCAACGGAGCAACUUCGUGCCGCUGACAGUACCUACUUAACGGUAAAGGUCAUCAAUAAUGACUCAGACCUCCGCCGCCCGGUGCUGUAAUUUAUAAGUGUGAUUUUUUUAGGACGCUGGUAGGCUGCUUGUUGAUCUGCUUGGAACAGUGGUGAACAGAGAGAACACUUGGCCUUCAGGAUACACGCUUUCUCCCUACAAUGAAGGAAAACAAAAAACAUAGAGCAUUUUUGGAAAGAAGUUCAUCAUUUUGGUUUGUAUCUGGAUUGUGGGAAGAGGGUUACUGUUGAAAGUAUGGUUAGGUUGAGGUGUAGCAUCACGGUGGGAUUCCCAACCGGUCUCAGAACGAGGCCCAGUAGCUCCUGUCUCACCACUGGUUUCUAAUAUUUGAAUUGAAUAUUUGUUUGGGAAUAAGCUGGGAAUAUCAACUUAUAAGGGUCUUCAGUUGGAUCCUUCUUUAUUGCCUUCAAGAGGGGUUCCAUGUUAAAAGGUUUAAGACUUCUCUUCCACUAGUGUGUAGUGUAAAAAAACACCCUGCACAGAGUUCAUUCUGAGGUUACUUUCAAGGUUUAGCGUUAAGGACAUUUCAAAGUCAGUGCCAGAAUGCCUCACAGCGUCCCUGGGUUUGAUCUCAGUUGGGGUGAGGUGCUGUAGCACAAAGGUCAAAUUGUUGUUAUUUUGGGGGCACUGCAGAGUUCAGGAAAGGGUUAACGUAUGGGGUGAUUUUAGAGUUUAGUUAUGUAGAAAGUAGGAUGUGACAUCUUAGGUCUUUACAAAGAUAGAAGAUCUUGUUUGUGUGUGAUGCGUUUGUGUGCAUAUGGAGUCAUCACAUGACUCAGUGUUUAUACCAACUCAACCCAGGCAGACUGUUACCUGCACAUCCUCGGCCAUGCCUGCUACAUCUGGCAAGAGGAGAAUAGCAAAGCAAAGCCACUAGUUUCUAAUUAUUAUACAUACAUCUAACUUCACCUUACAUGUAACUCAGUGUGAGUGCUGAGUGUGUUUGUGAGCAGACCUUGAACAAAGAGCCCCCCUGGUUGGGGGCUGGCGUUGCCCUCCAGACUGUAAACGGAUCCUUCACACACGGACUGGAUCAGUAUCGAUCGGACAAAAAGCAGCGGGCUCGUGAGUUCAGUGCUGCUUCAUUUAGUUGAUGGAUGUAGUCUUUGGCAGGCUGGACGGGCAGUUGUCCGAGGUUUUCCAGUGAGACGUCAGAUGCGCCUCAGUGUUUGGUCACCGGUUAUUUCAGAGCGUGAUCCUCCUGACGUCAAUGUAUAAGGACGUCCAGCAGUGCCGGGCGGCAGGCAGAGCACCAGACUGAGGGAGAGAGGGAGACAAGAUAUUGUUGAGCAUUCUGUGACUGAUCACCGCCUGAGCUGAAGAGUGGGGAGCGGGGGGAGUCCCAAUCCUGAAAGUGUAUGCGUGUGUGCAGCUAUGGGGAAGGACUACUACAAGACCCUGGGCAUCCCCAAGGGCUCCAACGAGGAGGAGAUCAAGAAGGCGUACCGGCGCAUGGCGCUGCGCUUCCACCCUGACAAGAACAAGGAUGCCAACGCUGAGGAUAAGUUCAAGGAGAUUGCAGAGGCCUAUGAGGUACUCAGUGACCCCAAGAAGAGGGUUGUCUAUGACCAGCUAGGAGAGGAAGGUUUGAGGACAGGAUGCAGUAGCUCUUCAGGUGCUCCUGGCAGCUCAACGUACCACUACACCUUCCAUGGAGACCCCCAUGCCACUUUUGCCUCCUUCUUUGGAGGCUCUAACCCUUUCGACAUGUUUUUUGGCUCCAACCGCAGCCACAGUCGCUCUAACGGUUUCUCCUUCCACAACGACCAUGAUGCAGAGCAGGAGAUGGACGUGGAUGAGGAUGACCCCUUCGCUCAUAUUGGGAGACAGUUCGGCUUUCCAGGGGGGGUGAACAACAGCUUCCCAGGGGAGGGCCGCAGGAGGAGGGGGGUGCCGUCAGAGCGCCUGGGGACUGGGCGAAAGCACCAGGACCCUCCGGUGGUCCAUGAGCUGAAGGUCUCUCUGGAAGAGAUCUUCCAUGGCUGCACCAAGCGCAUGAAGAUCACCCGCCGCAGGCUGAACCCAGAUGGUCGCAGCAUGAGGACAGAGGACAAGAUCCUUAACAUUAUGAUAAAGAAGGGAUGGAAGGAGGGGACCAAGAUCACCUUCCCAAAGGAGGGGGACGAGACCCCGGAGAACAUUCCUGCCGACAUAGCCUUUUUGCUUAAAGACAAAGGGCACGUCCACUUCAAGAGAGACGGUUCAAAUAUCAUUUUUAACUGCAAGAUCAGUCUAAAAGAGGCGUUGUGUGGCUGCACAGUUAGCAUUCCCACGCUGGAAAACCGCAUCAUCUCGCUGCCCUGUCAUGACAUCAUCAAGCCGGGGACGGUGAAGCGAUUCAGAGGGGAAGGCCUGCCUUUCCCCAAGAACCCAUCACAGCGCGGUGACCUCAUUGUGGAAUUUUCUGUUCGUUUUCCUGACAGGAUUCCCCCUCAGUCCAGAGAGAUAAUCAGACAACACCUCCCACAGUCAUAGGAAGACUCACCGCCAACCCCUCCAGACUGAAUGGCCCCAAACCCAGAAAACCAACCGUUGAUACUCAAAUGUUGACCCUCAUUGUAGUUCCCCAUCCCAACUUCCAAUCUCCAUGUCUUGAGUUAAUGCACGCAGCGCUGAACAGAUGCUGUUGUUUGCAGGAACUUCAUCGUGGGAGGAUGAAGAAAGAAUGCCUGGACAAAUGGCAGUAUCAGGAUGUGACUAUUUGUUUGUUUUGGCCCAAGUGCACACACACACACACACACACACACACACACACACACACUUGAGCAGCGGAGCGGUGGUGAGGAUGGGCUCAGCACAAUCAUGGCUUUUACCAGUCUUUUCUUAACUCUGUUUUUUACGGAUUUAUCAGUGAUUUUAUAUGCUGUCCAACUCUUUGAUCCUCGUCUUUUUACGAUUGGAUUUUUCCACGAUUUUCUUUUACAGAGGAAGUUUCAAAUGGGUUUAUUUAUUUUUACCUUGAGUGUACCAGCAGCUUCAGUGUGCUCAGUGCAAACCCCGGUUUUAACAUACACCCCCCCACACUUGUUUUCAGUCUGAUAAAGCAUCCUGCUUGAUGUGUGUUUAGUAAGAUCUCCGCUCAAAUCAAUUGUAAUCUGAUACGUUUUAAUGCCACAGCGCACUUUGAGUCCCACGUAUAUUAGCGUAUCUCAGCUGCAUUUUAAAAUCUAGGAAUGACAAUCACGUACAAUAACAGCAGUGUAAGCUUGGAUAAUACAAUCUGCACAAGACAUGGGUGCUUUCCCUUCUGACCUGAAUAGCCUGGCUCGCUAUCUGAGGGACAUUUAGGUGCCUUAGUCUGGUGUCAUACCACACAUGUGAACACACACACAUAGUUGGACAGUCCUAUAGCUUUCACUAGACCGUUGUCCACUAGGCUCUCCAUGGCUGCCCAAGUAUCUCUGUAGUGUGUGUCGGAGUAACAAAUACUACCAUCAUCUCGUCGAGGCAUCGGCUCCUUCCCGCGCCUAAGACAUCCACAUACACAAAGACUCAUCAAUGAAUAACCUGGCUCGCUAUCUGAGGGACAUUUCGGUGCCUUAGUCUGGUGUCAUACCACACGUGAAUACACACACACACACACACACACACACACACACAAGUCACAUUGUAAUAACACGACCAGCCAUGUUGUUAAGACGAUGCUCGAUGCUGUGUUAGACAUUUGUAGCAUGUGCUCUUGGAAUAACAGGAAGUGAAAGUGACCAUAUUAAACUGUAUGUGAGCAAGAACAUCUUUAGGGAGAGAUUUGAUACAAAACUGCUGAAUUUUGCUAGUGCAUCCCUGUAAAGUGCCAUACAAGUACAGGUUGAAUUUCCCAGAGGAAUGAGAGCAUUAAAUAAAGUCCAAAGUGAAUAGUGGCGCUUUCUCUGGGAAACCCGUCUCUGUUGGGUAUAUUCUGCUCUCUCUUGUGCCGUUUGAAGGCCAUGUCUCGGUGCUACUGGGAGCAGUGCUAAAGAUAGACCCCCUUGGUGUCUACUUUUCGUUUUCAUGGUUUCAGUUUGUGAUUUGAUAACUGCUUCUCAACAUGUGUACAUUCAACAUCUGUUUCUUCAAGUAGAAAACACUGUUUAGGAAACAGGUUUUGUAAUAUUGCAGCAGACAUUCUCUGUCUCAAUUGCAGGGGUCUCUCCAGCUCGUCCUACCGUAGUUUAUAGCUAUGAUAAGAUGUAUGUGUGAGUAUGAUUUAUGCAGGCAGCACUAGUAGGUCAGAAAAUGUUUGAAUGCAACUUGUUGAUAACUGCACUUUUAUGUCAUAAAAGGUACUGCCUAAACUAUGAGAUGACGGGAGAGACUUGAAUGACUUGUCUGAGUGUGUGGGCGUCCGGCCUCUCGGAGCUCGCGGGGACGCUGGAUUGUGGCUGCGAGCCGAAUGCACAAGUGCUGCUGCUGAGAAACAGUCACUGUUUAUGUGCAUUUGACAAUAUUUAUGAUCUUUUCAA